AGCCUCAGCGUCCUUCCUCCCCAUCCCCUCAGGCUCGGCUGCGCUGGGGACCGCAGGCCGGUUCCCGAGGUGGCCCAGGCGCCCUUCCGCCGCCGGCCGGCGCCGCCCCCCUUCCCGGGCCGGCGCUCUCUGCCCGCAGCCCGCCGCCUCCGCCUCCCCCCGCCCUCCGCCUCCCUUCCCCCUCCCCGCCCGGCAGCGGUCGCUCGGGCCCCGGCUCUCGGUUAUAAGAUGGCGGCGCUGAGCGGCGGCGACGGCGGAGCGGAGCAGGGCCAGGCGCUGUUCAACGGGGACAUGGAGCUCGAGGCGGGCGCCGGCGCCGCGGCCUCGGCGGUUGUGGACCCCGCCAUCCCCGAGGAGGUGUGGAAUAUCAAACAGAUGAUUAAGUUGACACAGGAACAUAUAGAGGCCCUGUUGGACAAAUUUGGCGGGGAGCAUAACCCACCAUCCAUCUACCUGGAGGCAUAUGAAGAAUACACCAGCAAACUAGAUGCCCUCCAACAAAGAGAACAGCAGUUAUUGGAAUCCCUGGGGAAUGGAACUGAUUUUUCUGUUUCUAGCUCUGCAUCAACGGACACCGUUACAUCUUCUUCCUCUUCUAGCCUUUCAGUGCUACCUUCAUCUCUUUCAGUUUUUCAAAAUCCCACAGAUGUGUCACGGAGCAACCCCAAGUCACCACAAAAACCUAUUGUUAGAGUCUUCCUGCCCAACAAACAAAGGACAGUGGUACCUGCAAGGUGUGGUGUUACAGUCCGGGACAGUCUAAAGAAAGCUCUGAUGAUGAGAGGUCUAAUACCAGAGUGCUGUGCUGUUUACAGAAUUCAGGAUGGAGAGAAGAAACCAAUUGGCUGGGACACUGAUAUUUCCUGGCUUACUGGAGAGGAGUUGCACGUAGAAGUAUUGGAGAAUGUUCCACUUACAACACACAACUUUGUACGGAAAACUUUUUUCACCUUAGCAUUUUGUGAUUUUUGUCGAAAGCUGCUUUUCCAGGGUUUCCGAUGUCAAACAUGUGGUUAUAAAUUUCACCAGCGUUGUAGUACAGAAGUUCCACUGAUGUGUGUUAAUUAUGACCAACUUGAUUUGCUGUUUGUCUCCAAGUUCUUUGAGCACCACCCAAUACCGCAGGAGGAGACCUCCUUAGCAGAGACCUCCCUUUCGUCUGGAUCAACCCCUUCUGUACCCCUCUCCGACUCUAUUGGGCCCCCAAUUCUCACCACUCCGUCUCCUUCAAAAUCCAUUCCAAUUCCACAGCCUUUCCGACCAGCAGAUGAAGAUCAUCGAAAUCAAUUUGGACAGCGAGAUCGGUCCUCAUCGGCUCCAAAUGUACAUAUAAACACAAUAGAACCUGUCAAUAUUGAUGACUUGAUUAGAGACCAAGGGUUUCGUAGUGAUGGAGCCCCUUUGAACCAGCUGAUGCGCUGUCUUCGGAAAUACCAAUCCCGGACUCCCAGUCCCCUCCUACAUUCUGUCCCCAGUGAAAUAGUGUUUGAUUUUGAGCCUGGCCCAGUAUUCAGAGGUUCAACCACAGGUUUGUCAGCCACACCACCGGCCUCGUUACCUGGCUCACUCACUAAUGUAAAAGCCUUACAGAAAUCUCCAGGACCUCAGCGAGAGAGAAAAUCAUCUUCAUCCUCAGAAGACAGGAAUCGAAUGAAAACACUUGGUAGACGGGAUUCCAGUGAUGAUUGGGAGAUUCCUGAUGGGCAAAUCACAGUGGGACAAAGAAUUGGAUCUGGGUCAUUUGGGACAGUGUACAAGGGAAAGUGGCACGGUGAUGUGGCUGUGAAAAUGCUGAAUGUGACAGCACCUACACCGCAGCAGUUACAGGCCUUCAAAAAUGAAGUAGGAGUACUCAGGAAAACUCGACAUGUCAAUAUCCUACUCUUCAUGGGCUAUUCAACAAAGCCACAACUGGCUAUUGUUACCCAGUGGUGUGAGGGCUCAAGCUUAUAUCACCAUCUCCACAUCAUUGAGACCAAAUUUGAGAUGAUCAAGCUUAUAGAUAUUGCAAGGCAGACUGCACAGGGCAUGGAUUACUUACACGCCAAGUCAAUCAUCCACAGAGACCUCAAGAGUAAUAAUAUUUUUCUUCAUGAAGACCUCACAGUAAAAAUAGGUGAUUUUGGUCUAGCCACAGUGAAAUCUCGAUGGAGUGGGUCCCAUCAGUUUGAACAGUUAUCUGGAUCCAUAUUGUGGAUGGCACCAGAAGUGAUCAGAAUGCAAGAUAAAAACCCAUAUAGCUUUCAAUCAGAUGUAUAUGCUUUUGGGAUUGUUCUGUAUGAACUCAUGACUGGACAGUUACCUUACUCAAACAUCAACAACAGGGAUCAGAUAAUUUUUAUGGUGGGCCGAGGAUAUUUAUCUCCAGAUCUCAGUAAGGUACGGAGUAACUGUCCAAAAGCCAUGAAGAGAUUAAUGGCAGAGUGCCUAAAAAAGAAAAGAGAUGAAAGACCACUCUUUCCCCAAAUUCUCGCCUCUAUUGAGCUGCUGGCCCGCUCAUUGCCAAAAAUUCACCGCAGUGCAUCGGAGCCCUCCUUGAACAGGGCUGGCUUCCAAACAGAGGAUUUCAGUCUAUAUGCUUGUGCUUCUCCAAAAACACCCAUCCAAGCAGGGGGCUAUGGAGAAUUUGCAGCCUUCAAGUAGCCACACCAUCUUGGCAGCACCUACUCUUAUUUCUUAAGUCUUGUGUUCGUACAGUUUGUUAACAUCAAAACACAGUUCUGUUCCUCAACUUUUUUUUUUUUUUGAAAGACACAGAAUUUUCAGUGCAUAAGCUGGUGUGGAACAGAAUGGAAUUUCCCAUCCACCCAAAGAGGGAAGAGGGAAGAGUGCUUUAGGAGCCAGAAUUCUCUGCUGCCCAUGUCUUCUUCUUCUUCUUCUUCUUCUUCAACACAAAUACCACGUGCAUACAAGUCUGCCCGCUCCCAGGAAGAAAAAGGAGAGACCCGCAGUCUGACCGUGUGAGGGUCAGGCCUGGUGGAAAGAAACUACUGCUCCAGCGGGGGAGCUUUACUGUGGAGAGCCUGCCAGUCAGCCGUGCCCUGCUAGCCAGCAGAUCAGAGUGUGGGCUGAUCCUCUGAGGGGGGCAUUUGCAGUCAUCAAGCAUCGGUUUCUUUCCUGCUCUAGGAUUUCGCUGUGAAGCUCUUCCUCACCUCCACCAGUUCAUCUCUGAGGGAUGGGACAAAAAUGCAGCAUGCCCUUUCUGUGUGGAGAAUGUCCAGCCCUCCACACAUUUCAUCCAAAUUAAGCUCUUUAAUCUCUGUGGGAGGGGUGAGCAGUGGAGGGGGGGGAGGAGGCGGGGGUAGAGACUAGGGGGGUGCUGCAUCUUUGUCCUGGCCCCCUAGGGUUGGUUCUGGCCUUCUGUCUGUCUCCUUGUUCACAGAGGGCAUCUGCCACCCGAGCAGGCUGCCACACUCAGCCUCCCGUACCUGCUGGGUCCAGCAACAAAGACAAGUGUGUGGGGAUGUUUCUGUCUCCGCCACGGCGUAGCAAGUUCUCAGGAAAAUACAGUUGCUAUCUUCCUCCUAAGCUCUUCCAGUCACCGAGUACUUAUGUGGCUCCUUUGUCCAGGGCACAAAAUGGUAUCUAAUUAAAAGCCUACAAAACUGCUCGGGAACAGUUUUGAAUGUGAGACAUUUAUGUAAUUUAAAUGUAAGGUACAAGUUUUAAUUUCUGAGUUUCUUCUAUUAUAUUUUUAUUAAAAAAUGAUUUUCAGAUUUAAAUGAAUUGGAAUACUAGUUCCCACCAGAAUUAUAUAUCCUGGAAAAUUGUAUUUUUGUUAUAUAAACAGCUUUUAAAGAAAGAUCAUUAUCCUUUUCUCUAAGUAUGGGGAGUCUUAGCAUAAUGACAAAUAAUUUAUAAUUUUUAAAUUCAUGGUACUUGCUGGAUCCACACUAACAUCUUCGCUAACACGUCAUAGUUUCUUCUUACUCCCACACUACAGUCUACAUCCUCUUUCUAGUCUUUUAUUUAGAAUUGCAACCUAAAAUAAAAAUGGUGGUGUCUCCAUUCUUUCUCCUCCCUCCUUUUUUCCCAAGCCUGGUCUUCAGAUGGUUGGGUAAUUGGCAGCUGAGUUUCCCAGGCAAAGCAGAGAACGAUUUUAGGUGGAAUGUGGCUGAAGGAGGCUGUGUGAAGCCACCUGUCAGCCAUUUUUAUAGAACUAUGGCCUUUUAAAUAAAGCUCAUUCUUUUUCUUUGUGUAGGUGGAAGUUACCACCUAGCCCUAGCCUUUCCUAAGGAGUGUGGUGUAAGUCAUCAGAGUGCAAAGAGAGUGACUAUGGAUGUUUAAGUGGUAGAUUAAUGGCUGUACCUUGUCAGGAGUCUAGAAUCUCCUACCAGGAUUUAGGAAUGUAAAUCAAAUCAAAUGUACUUAGCGUAACCAAGCUAGAACUUGAAAGUCUAUAACUUGAAAGAAAUGAGUCAUGACCUUUCAAAUAAAUCAGGGAAUUAAAACUUACUCAAAAGUCCCAGAUUAUAACUUUUUAUAAAAUUUUCCCCAUCUCAGCUCACUGCCAUUAGAUGAUUUUUGCUGGGUUAACCUGUAUUCAAAAGAAGGCCUACCACAAAUUCCACAGACUUGUAAAAGGGUUGUCCCAGAAAACAAUGGAAAAUAUCUUGAAGUUAUUUGAAAAGCAGUGUGUUCUUAAGUGAGUCUCUUAGCAAAUUCAGAAAUUGCAGACCUUUGGGAACUGACUGGUGUCUCUUUGAAGAUCAUCUGUGUACAUACUGCCUCCCUUCUCAAAGCACUGUUUCCUUCUGACAUCUGUUCCCAUAGAUGCUUUUACACAUAAGAUGGGAGCGCGCUGGGCUUGGCCAGCAGGCGUGUCCCACUGACCAGGCGAGCCUGCUGGAGUACAGGGCAGGAGCUCAGCAGUGGGGUGCAGAGAAUCAGCUGCCGGGGAUCCUCUUUUUCCUCCUUUCUUUUUAGACUGAGUUGCUGUCUCAUUGGAAAUAGGGGGACGGGCUUGAUCGAGCUACUUUCAGAAGCCAGGUUCAGGAUGUUCUUGAGAGGUGUUUGUAGAGCCCUUAAAAAUAAUAACACUUUUGCAAUUUUUUUUUUUUUGGCCAUCAAGUAGCUUUCUCUGUGGCUUACAAAUGACAUGAAAAUGGGUUUUCCCCUCUGACUUUUACUUGCUUUAGUUUUUGAUGCUUACAUGACAGACUGGUGGAGCUCCUAAGUAAAUACAAGGAAGAAGUCCUUGUUUGUGCAAAGCACUUUAUAAGUAAUUUGUAGAGGCGGCGUGUGGCUGCCUUGUCGACUCUCCUAAGGCUGUGGUUCUGGUUUUUUCUGUGAAGCGGCUCAGUGUCUUCUGUGGUGCAUUUUAUUUGGGUUAAGAAGAGGUGAGACCUGUAAAGUGUGAGAGUAAGCAUGAAGGGUUAUGUGGGAAUGUGGAGAGUUCCUGAUGGACUGUUUGAUCACUGAACUAGAGUCUGGGGUCAAGGCGUGUGCCCAGUUUGUGACUACAAAAGCCAGUGUGACAUUUGUACUUCUGUGCACCCUAGAGGAAGGUUUCUGCCUCACUGUCAAAUGUUGGUUCCUAAACCCGCAGUCCCUGGUUGUAGUUGAGACCCGCUGGAACCUCCUGAGGUCCUCCUGGAAGAUAAAAUCUCAUAGAACUGACGUGUGUGCUAAAACUCAUGCUGGAAAAGAAAGCCUGUUCAUUAUCCAGGAGCUCAGACACUGCCUGAGACUCGGUCAGUCCUUUUCCUGAGUGUGGUUUGGUGCAGUCAGGGCUCUCUUGUCUCCCAGUGCAUUCAUCAAUCAGGCAGUGUUAUAAGCACCAUCCUCCUGCCCCCUCCCCACUCCAGCCUCUGCACACCUCACCUCCCUUUAGUGUGAAGCACAUUGCAGGGUUCAGGUAACCUCUUCAAAUACAAAAACAAACUACCUCCUCGGGUGAGGUAAUGAAUAGUUAUUUAUUUUAAGCUAUGAAGUCAGAGGAGUUCUAGAACAUGAAGAUGUUGGGAGUUUGGCAUUUAUGUGUCCUUGUAUCGUCUUGUCCUAAAGGGCAUUCAUUACACUUUUCAGCAGUGAUACUGGGGUUGGGGGGUGGGGGCAGGGGCGGAUUAUAGCUCAGAAUACCUGAAUGUUUGAAAGUAGUAUCAGAACCUGUUUAGGGGUUCAUGUCAGAGUUCUCGCCAGUCAGUUGCAUGAAACUAAGUAGUCACAAUGUCCCUUCACCAAUAGUCCAAUUUUAAUUUUUAGCAUGCUUGGCAAGACAGUGCAUGCAUCUUCAUACUGAGUUAGCCACAGCUUUGUCCAGCGAAAUUCUCCUAUGGAGAAGACUGCCCAGCAAAGACGGUAGGAUGGCUCUCUUUUGUCCAAGGUGGUAUCAUUAGUGCUCGAAUACCAAUGCCUUGAGACUAGUGGACUCCAGCUAUUAGGUUAUUUAAAACAAACCAAAAGCAUAGCUAGAUGUGGGAGGUUUCACUGUGUGCAUAAGCAGCAAAAAGCUUGCAGGUCAGACAUUGAAAAUGGGGUCAAUGAGGCCUAUACAAAGACCUUGACAAUUUGCCAAAUGAUCUCACUGUGCCUUCAUGAUGCAAUAAACAAGCUAAAGCUUUAGCAGCUACCAGUGAUUUGUGACGAGCCACCAUCCCUGUCAAACUCAGCUUUGUUUCUAUUUUCAGUGCAACUUAGCAAAGAUCCAUGCGCUAGAGUUUAUAGCCAAAGUCAUAUUUGAACAAAAGAAAUAGGUACAUUUUCAGUGAAUAAAAUUAUUUUUUUAAAGCAUAUAACCCCCCUAGCAUAGAUACACUUGUCAUGUAGAGCACUAUUAGAGGUUGAAACUAUAGGUCAGUGACAUUUCUAGAGACUUUUUCUACUCCCAUAAGCUCAUCAGAGCAUGGGACUUCUGUAUGACAGGGACAUUUUGACAGAUACUUUUAAGAAAUUGCUAUAGGUGGGGGUUCAAGUGCGGCUGCUGGGCGGCAAUGCUACGUGUUAACCUAGCUGAGAAGGGGGAAGUUUGCACCCCUUCCUGGUGGACUGUUGCCAACCUUGACACCACCUCUUCAGACUUUGAGAUGUAGACUUGCCUCCCAGGUGCUGCUGCUGGUGUUCAGGGUGCUGUGGGGACACCAGGGACCCCUUAUGAGGGGUCAUUGGAGUAGUUAGACCCGGUGUGGCUGUGACAUAGCACAAGGGCUACUUGUGUCGUCUGGCUUCAUUCCUUGCCACCCCCCCAAAAAAGCAGUCCUCAGGUGGUCUCACUGAGGUGUUUCAAAUGUCUGUGGGCCGCUGAGCCACCUGGGUGGUCUGCCUGGUGUCUGUUUUGGCCAGAGAAUGAAAUGCCCAGUGAGUGCAUCCUUGCCCUGUGUUUCUUGCCCUGGUAAAAACUGACAGUUGUGGUGAGCUUUUAUGAUCAGUCCAGAAGAUGCUAAGCUUUAUGUCACCACUGUUUUCAGAUAACGUCCCCUUCUAGUUGGGCAAAAACAUUUCCUAUGAAACCCAGUGCUAACUAGCCAUUUGUGGGGAGGACAGAAACUUGAGUCCUGGAAAACUAAGUAACUGCUUUACUUAAAAACACGGGACAGUUAGUCUCCACCUCAGAAAAGUCCACCUUUCAUUUCAAGAGCUACAGCUUCACCUGUUAAUCCAGUUGUAUGGAUCACUACUUUCACUUCAUCAGAAUAAGAUUUUGUUUAGUGUUUUGACUAAUUACAGUGUGAUGACAUUGUAAUUAGUGCUUGAGGAUAGCCAGUGUACUCAGUUCUAUUUCAUCUUGUAAUACUUUUUUUAAUGAAUUCUAUAGAUUGAAGUGCUUUUCAUAAACAAGUAAAAUAUGCUUUUCAUUUUAGUCUCAAAAAGCUCUUUGUGCAAACCAUCUGCUUCUGUGGUCAGGCUGGACACAGUACCCUUGGUGUAAGGAGUUGGGCUGAAACUCACAGGGACAAGGCGGCUUCUGCUGCAGGGUGGAGCGGGGGGGGGGGGGGGGGGAGGCAUCAGUUACUUAGUACUUAUGUUUUAGAAAUUCCCAUGUGUUAUAUGUCUGUAUUAAGCCUUUUUCAACCCAUGUGUGGGUUUUUUGGAGGGUGUGCAUUAAUUACAUAGGACGACCUUUCAGACCAGCAUAAGCAGCAAAGCUCUCAGGCAAGGCACAAAUAUAGAGAAAAUGGACCAGAUUGGGGGGGGGGGGGUGUGGGAGUCAGCCUGAGGGUUGGGAGAAACCCAGGUGAGGGCGGGAGAGAAACUGCAGUUACCUGAAAUAAAAUUUGUAAGAGUGCAAUAAGAGUGCUUUUCUAAGCUGUGAACGGUUCUUGAUCUUUUUUUUUUUUAAUUCUUCCUAAACAUUUGUGUGUGUUCCUUAGCUGAUGAGAAGCAGACGCCUUUUGUUCAUGCCAGUUACCAACAUCAGUGGCUAACCUGUCUUAUUUAUCUUCAUGUUACAUCAGUUUACAUUACGGGGGUGUGUGUGCUGGCCCCUUUUCCCUCCUUCACUUGAAAACGUGUCCACUGGGUCCUGUGCUUCCCUCCGUUCUGCCUUCACGACCUGAAGGACUCACAGUCGCGCCUAAUGUGCUGGUCUCAUUUGUUGUCUACUUUGUCCCUUUUCCAACUCAGCAACCUCUGCUUCUCCUAAAAUAGAAGCAUACAGAUUGAUCGGGGGUUGAAUUUGAUAGCUGAUCAAUGUACAUCCCUUUGUCUUGUCUGACAGUUUAGGAUUGUUCUUUGGUUUAGACCAAAAAAAAAAAAGAUUUUUUUUUUUUUUUAAUGAAACUGCCUUUUCAGUCUUGCUUUGAGGAGUUUUUCUGGGAGAAAGACAGAAAUGCUUCCCGUUUUAACUGCAGUGAAUUAGUGGCUCCUGGCUGACCACUUCAAACUUCUUGUCGAUUUCACACACAUUCCUCUCUUCUUGCUGCCAGAAGUUCAGAUUUAGUUCACUUCAGUUCCACUCAAGCAUUGGAAAUGUUCAGACUGGGGUGUACCCAGGGAAAAGGUGGGAACCUUUUAACUAUCCACAGACCUCUCUACCUGCUUUGCAAAAAUUACAAUGGAGUAACUAUUUUUAAAGCUUAUUUUUCAAUCCAUAAAAAAGACAUUUAUUUUUAGUCAAAUGGAUGUCUCCCUCUCAUCCCUUAACCCUGGGUUUGCUUGACCCUUCCUGUUUGUAUUUUGUCUUGUUUUGGUUUUUUAUUUUUUUCCCCAGAUCUACUUCCUGAUACUUUGGUUCUCUUUCCUGCUCAGGUCCCUUCAUUUGUACUUUGGAGUUUUUCUCAUGUAAAUUUGUACAAUGGAAAAUAUUGUUCAGUCUGGAUAGAAAGCAUGGAGAAUUAAAUUUUAAAAGAUGAAAUUCAGAUUGAAGAAAUUUAUUUCUGUGUAAAGUUAUUUAAAAAAACUCUGUAUUAUAUAAAAGGCAAAAAAAGUUCUAUGUACUUGAUGUGAAUAUGCGAAUACUGCUAUAAUAAAGAUUGACUGCAUGGAGAA